ACCGUCCGGGCUGGAGCCGCGCGGGGGAAAUGGCCGCAGCCGCCGCUCCGUCCCUCAGCGCCAUCGCUAACGACACUCAGAGUCAGGUGGCGGUGGUGGCAGCAGGGGGGACUGGUAAGAGCUGCCGCUCGGAAGCCAAGUGCGGCGGUGUUGGUAACGCCGGCAUUGGUAGUAGCCGUUCCCAGGCCGUUUUGAGGCAGCAACAGCAACAACAACUCCGGCAGCGGCGGGACGAGGAGGAGAGUGAGCCCGAGGCUGGCGGCCCGCAAGCUUCAGGCUCCCCAAGUGGACACAGGGCCACGGGGGCUUCCAACUCCGGGCCGUCCCGCAACCUUCCUCAACAGCAGCAACAAGCGGCCAAAAGCUGCACCGGGGCCCUCAGGUGCGGCCAGCAGCAACAACGGGGCCGGGAGGAGGCGGCGGCCGCUGUGGCAGCUGGUAACAGGAGGCAGAGUCUGGAGAACUCGUCAGACGGGGAACCACUGAGCCGCAUGGACUCAGAGGACAGUAUCAGCAGCACCUUAAUGGAUAUGGACAGUACUAUCUCCAGUGGACGCUCUACUCCUGCGCUGAUAAAUGGUCACGGAAGUACCACUUCAUCAGGAAAGAAUAUCACAUACAACUGCUGCUGGGACCAAUGCCAUACCAGUUUCAGCUCCAGUCCAGAUUUGGCAGAUCACAUCCGUUCAAUACAUGUGGAUGGGCAACGUGGAGGGGUAUUUGUCUGCCUAUGGAAAGGGUGCAAAGUAUACAAUACGCCAUCUACUAGUCAGAGUUGGCUGCAGAGGCAUAUGCUUACGCAUAGCGGAGAUAAACCCUUUAAGUGUGUUGUUGGUGGGUGUACUGCCAGCUUUGCAUCACAAGGUGGCCUUGCUCGUCAUGUACCUACACACUUCAGCCAACAGAACUCCUCAAAAGUCACUAGUCAGCCGAAGGUUAAGGAGGAGUCACCUUCUAAAGCUGUUAUGAACAAACGAAGAAGGCUAAAGAAUAAACGACGACGUUCGCUACCAAGACCGCAUGACUUUUUUGAUGCACAAACAAUGGAUGCAAUACGACAUCGGGCCAUUUGCUUUAACCUGUCGACGCGUAUUGAAAGCCAUGGAAAUGGACAUAGUGUUGUGUUCCAUAGCACAGUAAUAGCACGAAGGAGGGAGGAUUCUGGGAAGGUGAAAGUGCUGCUCCACUGGACACCAGAAGACAUCCUUCCUGAUGUGUGGGUGAAUGAAAAUGACAGAUCUCAACUGAGGACAAAAGCAGUUCAUUUGUCUAAACUACCACAAGAUGCUGCUUUGCUCCUUGACCCAAACAUAUACCGGCCGACUGGCUCCUUACAACAUUAUGAACAUGGCUCCAUGGUUGACACAUGACAACUAAACUUCACUUAAGUAGAGAAGAAGCAGCACAGGACAAUGCCACAGAAAAGGCUGAAAAGGAGGUAAGGUCCAAUCUGGGAACCAGAAUGGUGUCAAAAUUAGUCGCCAUGAAUGGAAUAGAAUAUUGCACAUUAGAAUCACUUUUUUUCCUCCCAGCCCUAGCUGAUUAUUUGUACUAAAAGCAGACUUUGGGAGAAUGGAUCUGAAGCUUCGCACUCCUCUUCGAGAUGAGACGGUACAAUGAGAACAGUUCUACAGGGAAUGUUUGUCAUCUAACAAGGGGGGAUGUGCAAUGAGAAACUUCCUCCUCGGAACUUGUUUGUUUGCUGCUUCAAGCUGCGCCCCUUUCUCAUCAGAAAAAUCUAAAAUCAAGAUAUAAAAUUUCAUAAAGGAUUUUUAAAAAAAAUCUAAGCGUCCCACUUUGAUCAGAAAAGCAGAUUUUAUUCCUUUCUCCCAAUUACUACAUUUGUUUAAUUAAACUUCAGUUUAAUUAAAUACUUUAAUGUUUUUGUUUAAUCUCUUUUGAAAUAACUUGUUACCUAAAGUUCAUGAAUUAAGAUUUGUGAACUUUAAACAACUUCAGUGUUUACCAAGAAAAUUAUCUCAUGUUAAAAUUAAUUUCUGCAGCCAAUUUAGGAUGUUGAUCUUUUGGGAGAAUAAAAGCUGGAAAGUUUUAUUUCAAUGCACCAAAGCUUGCUGCAUAGAAGAUCUUAGACGAGAUUAACCAAGUGAUUGCAUUGUUGAUAAUCUUCGUGCUUGCGUGUAUAUCACGUGAAAGAAAGCCUGUAUUUUUACUUGGAUGAAGAUGGGAAAAUUCUAGAUUAUCUGUAACAUCCUAGUCUUAGGUUCAGAAGGCAUAAAGAGUUGCAUAUAGAUAAUAGUAAAUUGCUUGUAAAUAUUUCUGCAGAUUUGUAAUAUAUUUUUAUACUUUAAAAUGUACUGUAGAUUUCAAUUUUGGUUUACCUUUUAGAAGCAUGGAAGCAAAUUUUGAAAUGUAUAUAUUAAGGUAGAACAAAUGUUGAAGGAUAAUGUAAUUUUCUUGAUCUGCCAUAAUAACUGUUAACAAAACCCCACAAAAAGCACCUUGCCUAAUUAUAAAUAUAAAGUGACAUUUGUGGUUUUUUGCAAAUGCCAGUUGCUACUGCUAAUGUCUUAAUGUAUUGUGCAAGAUGUAAACAGCAUGACUUGGAUUGUGUCUUUAAAGUUAGAUUUUCUGGACAGACAGGAUUUUUAAAAAAGCCUGUAGUACCCUUGUUUCGCACAGUUGUAAACCCUUCAUGCAAUGUAUCCUUACCUGAGCACUUCAUCUGUAUCCACUGCUUCUUCCCAUCCAAAUCAACUUGCUACUGCUUUUUCAGCUACAUUUUUAUAAUAAAGUAUAAAAUGAAA